AGCAGCCUUCGCCAUGGUCGUUAUAUAUGCUCCGCCCGCCGCUCUGCGCACAAGUUGAGCUUCACUACGAGCGAGAGCUUAGGGUUCGGCCUUAUGUCUUCGCGCGGUGGUGGCGGGGGCGGCCGGCGGGGCGGCCGAGGCGAGCACGGAGGAGGCCGUGGAGGUGGGGGUGGCGGCCCAGGGCGAGGCCGAGGCCGAAUCGCCGGGGAGCUCGGCGGCGGCCGAGAUGGCGUUCCGGCGCGAGGCGGGCGUGGGGGCGGCGCCGGUGAGAGAGGGGGCCACCCCUUCCACGGGGCCCAGGUGGUCGGCGGGCGAGGUGGGCAGCACUAUGGCGCCGCCGCCGCCGCUGCUCAGGGGCGCUGGCAGGUGGCCGCGCCGUCGGCGUCGACGUCGCUGCCAGCCGCCGAGGUAGAGGCGCUGAGUGGCGAGGUCGAGAGGAGGGUGGUGGUCGCGGAGGGCGCCGUGGGGGCGCCGGCGUCGGCACCGACGCAGGAGCCUGCGGCUGCCGCGGCGCAGGUUGAGACGGAAGGGAUGUCGUCGAUGCAGCAGGCUGCUGGCCAGGCGGCUCAGGUGGUGGAGGCUGCGCCUGCUGGGAGGCUGCCUCCGGCGUCGAGCAAGGCGCUAGUGUUCCCCGCGCGGCCGGGGUACGGGACGGUCGGCCGGAGGUGCCGCGUGCGCGCCAACCAUUUCCUCGUGCGCGUCGCCGACACGGAGAUCUACCAUUACGAUGUGGUGAUUACUCCAGAAUCAAAGUCGCGGGAAAGAAACCGAUGGAUUGUUAAUGAACUCGUUGAAUUGCACAAGCAGUACUUGGAUGGGCGACUGCCUGUUUAUGAUGGUAAAAAGGGCCUUUUCACUGCUGGUCCACUCCCAUUCAAAACCAAAGAAUUUGUUCUGAAACUAACAAAUCCCGAGAGAGCAAACCAGGGUGAGAAAGAGUACAAGGUAACCAUAAAAGAUGCGGCAAAAAUAGAUAUGUACAGCCUUAAUGAGUUCUUGGCUGGUAGGCAGAGGGAACUGCCACAGGAUACUAUCCAAGCCCUUGAUAUUGCUCUGAGGCAUUGUCCGAGUGCAAGGUAUGUUUCCAUCUCAAGCUCAUUUUUCUCACAAGCCUUUGGACAUGGAGGUGAGAUUGGGAGUGGUGUGGAAUGCUGGAGGGGCUACUAUCAAAGUUUACGCGCUACACAGAUGGGGUUGUCCCUAAAUAUUGAUAUUUCUGCAACUGCAUUUUACAAGGCUCAACCAAUUAUAGACUUUGCAUUGGAGUAUCUCAACAUCUGUGAUGCUUCAAGGCAGUUGACUGACCAGGAUCGCCUAAAACUGAAGAAAGCGCUCAAAGGAGUCCGGGUUGUGGCAACACACCGCCGUGAUAAAUCUGUCCGCUACAGGAUUACAGGACUAACCGCAAUUCCCUUGAAUGAUUUAACGUUUGAUCAAGAUGGGACAAGGGUUUCAGUUGUCCAGUACUUUAAAUGCCAGUAUAAUCACUGUUUGAAAUGCAUUCACUGGCCAUGCCUUCAAGCUGGAAGUGAUAGCAGGCCAAUAUAUUUACCCAUGGAGGUUUGCAAUAUACUUGAAGGGCAACGCUAUUCUAGAAAGCUAAAUGAGCGCCAAGUCACGAGCAUCCUGAGGAUGGCAUGCGAGCGACCUACUCAAAGGCAGAAUAGCAUUUUAGAGGUAGUUAGUAGGAACAACUACGGUAAUGAUUACUGCGCCAAAGAAUUUGGCAUUAAGGUGACAAAUCAACUUGCCUUGGUUGAUGCUCGUGUGCUGCCAGCUCCAAGGCUUAAAUACCAUGAUUCUGGGCGAGAAAAGGUGUGUAAUCCAUUGAUUGGUCAAUGGAAUAUGAACAACAAGAUAUUGAUCAAUGGAGGAUUCAUUAAGUACUGGACUUGUGUGACUUUUGCUUCUCGCUUGCAUCUGAAUGAUGUCAGGAUGUUUUGCAACAACCUGGUCGGUGUGUGCAAUAAUAUGGGCAUGCAAAUGAAUGGGAGGCCAUGUGUUGACAUUGUGCAAGUACGCCCAGAUAACUUAGAAGCUGCACUAAGAAAUAUACAUGGUCAAUCUGCAGAAGUGAUUUCUCAACAAGGCGUGACUGGGCAGCAGCUUGAGUUGGUAAUCAUAGUAUUACCAGAUGCAAAUGCAAGUGUUUUCUAUGGAAGGGCAAAACGGCUUUGUGAAACUGAGCUCGGUGCAAUAACUCAGUGUUAUGUGCCUAAGAAUGUUCAGAAAGGUGGCCAACAGUAUCUCCAAAACCUGGCCCUUAAAAUUAAUGUCAAGGUUGGUGGCCGCAAUACAGUUCUUGAAGAUGCAUUGCAUAGGAGGAUGCAUUUGUUAACAGAUUUGCCUACAAUAAUCUUUGGAGCUGAUGUUACCCACCCAGCUCCAGGGGAGGAUGCAUCUCCUUCUAUUGCAGCGGUUGUUGCAUCAAUGGAUUGGCCGGAAGUUUCGAAGUACAUAUGCUUGGUGUCUUCUCAAGGUCAUAGAGAAGAGAUCAUAACUGAUCUCUUCACGCAAGUGAAGGAUCCACAAAAGGGACUUAUCCAUGGUGGAAUGAUCAGGGAACUGCUGGUGUCGUUCUAUAGGGCAAAUGGGAAACGCAAACCUGGAAGGAUAAUUUUUUAUCGAGAUGGUGUUAGUGAAGGUCAGUUUAGCCAGGUCUUGCUUUAUGAAGUGGAUGCGAUUCGCAAGGCAUGUGCUAGCUUGGAAGAGGGCUACCUGCCUCCAGUUACAUUCAUUGUGGUGCAAAAGCGGCAUCACACACGGCUUUUUCCUGAAGAUCAUCAUGCACGGGAUCAGACAGAUCGAAGUGGAAAUAUUCUGCCAGGAACUGUUGUUGACACAAAGAUAUGCCAUCCAAGCGGAUUCGACUUCUACCUAUGUAGUCAUGCUGGCAUUCAGGGAACGAGUCGCCCAACACACUACCAUGUUUUGUUUGACGAGAAUAAUUUCACGGCUGAUGCAUUGCAGACGUUGACUUACAAUCUGUGCUACACGUAUGCGCGAUGCACAAGAUCGGUUUCUAUAGUUCCCCCAGCAUAUUAUGCGCACCUAGCGGCUUUCCGUGCGCGCCACUACUUGGAUGACGGCCUCUCUGACCAGGGAUCGUCUUCAGCAGCGACCUCUCGGCCACACGAUCAUGCCGUCCCGGUGAAGCAGCUGCCCAAAGUGAAGGAGAACGUCAGGCAGUUCAUGUUCUACUGCUGAAGUUUGGAUGCCUGGUUCCCUGCAAGAACUGGCAUCAUGUCACCGCUUUUGUGGUCAUGAAACUCCAGGUCGAGUACUUCUCCUGUGGUGUAAAUGGCACUCAGUUCCAGAUUAUCUUGUGGACAACUCAUCCAUCGAAUGGUUGCAAGUCGCCCAAGUGGCUGCCUUCCUCUUCUAGUCUUCAAAUCUGUCUGCUGGAUUUCCCAAAUUCAGAAUGAUUUUGAGAGCUUCUAGUUGCAACCUUGUAGGUGCUGCAUCUGGAUUUGCUGGCUCUGGAACGCUUUGACUUCCUGGAUAGUGUAAAUAUAUGAUGAAUGAACCUGUUAAAUCAUCGGGCUCUUUGUUGCA